AUUUCAUACAUUAAUAGAGAUUAAUUUAUAUUUUAUAAACUAUAAAUAUUAAGUUAUGUAGCUAUUUAACAACUAUCAACAUGGGAAAUAUGUUCAAAAUAUUGUAGGUUUUGCUGUCAAAAAUGCGUCAAAACCUCAAAUUCAGGAAAUAUAAAAGCUAAAUUUGGAUGUUAUCUUAAUGAACGAAAUUACUGUAAUAAACUUAUCAACCAUUUAUGUAAGAUAAACGUGUUAACAUUUAAAAUCCUUAUCAAUACUUCGCCGAUGCCUUUUACCAAUCACUUACACCAGUAUCAAAAUGGAGACCAAGCCUAUGUUGACGAAAGAAUGCGAAUUUCAAAAAUUGCAAGAAUAUUACAACCGGGUUGGCAAAAAACUCAACAUCUAUGAGUUGUUCGCCAAAGAUUGUGGGAGAUUUGAUAAUUUCAGUCAGGUCCUCAAAACCCCCCAAGACGGCAACAUCCUCAUCGAUUUCUCAAAGAACCGCAUCGACCAGGAAUGUUUCCAACUACUCAUCGACCUCGCGCGCAAGCGCAAAGUCGAAGAUGCCCGAGACGCUAUGUUCAAAGGCUCCAAGAUCAAUUUCACGGAAAACAGAGCCGUCUUGCAUACGGCUCUUCGAACCAGAGACAACUCAAUCAUCGAAGUUGACGGCAAGAAUGUCAUGCCUGACGUCAAAGCCGUUUUGGAUCACAUGAAGCAGUUCAGCAAUAAAGUUUUGAGCGGUGAAUGGAAAGGGUACUCGGGUAAAAAAAUAACCGACGUGGUUAACAUAGGUAUCGGCGGCUCCGAUCUGGGUCCGUUGAUGGUCACCGAAGCUUUGAAACCCUUCAGCAAAGGUUUAAACAUGCAUUUCGUUUCCAACAUCGACGGCACGCAUUUAGCCGAGGUUCUGAAGAAAGUCAAUCCCGAAACCGUACUGUUCAUUAUCGCCUCAAAGACUUUUACCACUCAGGAGACUUGCACCAACGCCAAAUCAGCCAAGGAGUGGUUUUUAGGCACGGCGAAAGCGAAUGAGGCAGUUGCGAAACACUUUGUAGCUCUAAGCACGAACAAAGAGAAAGUUUCUGAGUUUGGAAUCGACACUGCCAAUAUGUUCGGGUUUUGGGACUGGGUGGGAGGCAGGUACUCGUUGUGGUCUGCUAUUGGUUUGAGUAUUUGUCUUUCCAUCGGUUACGAGAAUUUCGAAAAAUUACUUGAAGGCGGUUUUUACAUGGACAACCAUUUCCGAACGGCUCCAUUGGAGAAAAAUGUAAGAACAUUUUUGUUGUAUACCGUAAAAAUUCUGAAGUUAAUAUGGGGCGAGCCGGGCACCAACGGCCAGCACGCCUUCUACCAGCUCAUCCACCAAGGCACGCGAAUCAUCCCGUGCGAUUUCAUCGCGCCCGCCGAAAGCCACAACCCCAUCAGCAGCGGCGUCCACCACAAGCUUUUGCUGGCCAACUUCCUCGCCCAGACCGAAGCGUUGAUGAAGGGAAAAUCGGCGGGACAGGCCAGAGAGGAGUUGCAAAAGUCCGGAAUGAGUAACGAGGACGUGGAGAAGAUCUUGCCGCACAAGGUGUUCGUCGGGAACAGGCCGACUAAUAGUAUCGUGGUGAAGAAGGUGACGCCGUUUACGUUGGGAGCUUUGAUUGCGAUGUACGAAAUGAAAAUCUUCACUCAGGGAAUCAUUUGGGACAUCAACUCGUUCGAUCAAUGGGGCGUAGAGUUGGGCAAAGCUCUGGCCAAAGCCAUUGAGCCGGAAUUAGAAGGCGAUAGCCCAGUUUAUUCUCAUGACGGUUCCACCAACGGUCUUAUUAACUUCAUUAAGGCCAGCAGGGCCAUGUAUGAAAUGAAGAUUUUCACGCAAGGCAUCAUUUGGGACAUAAAUUCGUUCGAUCAGUGGGGCGUGGAGCUGGGAAAAGCCUUGGCGAAAGCCAUAGAGCCCGAAUUACAGGGCGAUUCGAAAAUUACCUCGCACGACGGAUCCACUAACGGAAUUAUUAAUUUUAUUAAGGAAAACAGGGACUGUAUAUGUUAUCCGUGUAGUUCAGUAUGUAAAAGAUGUAAAUAAAUAGUUUUUAAUAAAAAA